UCCAUCUUCUCCCUCUUGCCUUGCCUCCUUGUCGUAAAAUUCAGCCACUAUUCAGACUUCAUCCUGAAAACUGAACACGCGUAACGCCCACCCUCCGUCCCGUUUUCACCAUUACGUCCACGUUUAGAGCCGCUACCUCCACAUCCUUGUCGCCCUCGAACUCCGUUAGCGUCAGGAUGGCCCAACCUUCCUCUUCGCAUAGAGAACGGGAGCGCGAGCGCGAGCGCAGCAGUUCCUCCCGACGUAGCCGUCGUACAAUCUCGUCCACCACGCUCCUCCUCGUCCUGUCCCUCGUCCUCGCCGUCCUUGCCGUUAUGCUCUCGCUACCGUCUACUCAGGCCGGGCGCAACCCUGCUGCUGCUAUUCCCAGCGAGCCUGGAGCCAACCCAGCCGACAACGGAGGACUACUAGGCUACCUCUCGCCCAAGCGCACACAGGCUCUCCUCGCGCGUGAGAGUAACAUCGCCGUUCGUGAAGCAGAGGUUGCGCGUCGCGAGGCCGAGAUCCUCGCAGGUGCACCUGGCGGCGUGAUCGCGAACCAGGCGCCUGUCGUUUGCCCGGUCUGCCCUACGGUUGUCGAGAAGGUCACCGAGCCUCCGCCUCCCAUUCAGACGGUUAUCAAGGAGGUCGUGAAGGAGGAGUCGCUCACCCCGCCCGGGUGGUGGGAUCAGGCGCGCAUUCGCGCGGAAGAUAUCCUGGACCGCGAGCUUAAAAUUGCUGAGCGUGAGCGCGAGAUCAGCAGGCGUGAGGAACAGGUCAACCGACGCGAACACGACGCGUCUCGUCGCGAGAGCUGGAUUAUGGAGCAGUUAAUGGCUCUCAAUGAUGACCAACCGGCCCUCGAAGAGGAGUAUGUCUAUGAACCUGCGCCGCCGCCGAGACGGAAUCCCAAGGUUCCCCUUUUCGACGCUCUUCCUCCCCCACUUAUUGUGACCGAAACAGCCUACGAGAUGGCGACUGAGGUCAGGACGGUCACGCACACGCAACGUUACACAGUUCCUACGGAGGUUAUCGCUCCUCCGCCCGCCAGCACUCGCCGGGCCGCGACGCCUACGCCGCAAAUGUUGUCGCGUUCCUCAUCCACGACUCACAUUCCGCGGACGACUGCUGUAGAGGUCAUCACCGAGGAACCUGUGAUCCCCGAGCCUGAAGAAGAAACUGUCGCGAUCACUCGCGUGUCGCUAAAAGCCCCGAGUGAUUUGCGGUGUGAUUUUGAUGUCAGUGGUCUGUGGUGA